GAGGGGCGGACCGAGGAGCGGGCCGAGAGGAUCAACCAGCUGAAGGUGCCCGCGGCCGGGGGCUACCCGCCGCCGCUGUACCCGGCAGCCCUCAGCCCGGGGCGCACCUGCGAGCUGGCAGGCAGCGAGGGCGGCGUGCCGCUGUACGGGGGCGAGGCGUUCGGGGACAUCACGUGGGUGGACGUCACGAACCUGAGGACCAG